AUCGAUAUUUGGCGAAAUUUUUGUUGAUGCUAGAUUGAAUAAUUUAGUAUACAAGUUAAAGCUUAUAAUUUUGGAAAGUGACAUUGACUUUACUCCCUUACUUGGACGAGACUGGUUGGAGCUAUUCUUUCCUGAUUGGAGAGCUAAUUUUAUCCCUUGCAAAACGAUCAUGGCUUUGAAAGCGGACAGCAAUUUGGAAAACACUAUAAGGUAUAAAGCGGAUCUUACAUUCAAAAGUGACCAUCCAAUUUUCAAACGGGCGUAUGAGGUUCCUUUCAAAAUAAGAGACCAGUUCAUAACCCAUUUGGACAUGUUGGAGAGCCAAGGCGUAAUAUCACCAGUUAAGGCAAGCGAGUGGGCCUCUCCGGUAAUAGCGGUUCUCAAGAAGGACAAUGAUAUAAGAAUGAUAUCCAUUGUAAGUCACGUUCUCACGGCCCACAAACAUCAACUCAAAAUGGCGCAUCUUCCUGUGGGUCGUUCCAAAGUGUUCGUGUCUCGGAAUAGCACAAGCAAACGUAGGAGAGACUCUGUAGAUAACGAGGAGGAGUUCCUUGGGUUUCCAGACGGAUCAGUGGGACUCGAUGCUGCGUCGUUGGAUAAACAAAUGAUUAGCGGGAGAAGUCCGAUUCUUACUCGAUCUCGAAAACGUAGACUUUUGGACUAACAUGUGGAAGCGCGUCGUGCUACCAAAAGGCAUUUUAUGCCCUCGAAUGAAGUUUACAGUAAUAGCAUGUUUUACAUCCACGAUUAGAUAUUGUAACAUCAAU